AUGCCGUCUUUGAUCCGCACUUUCAAGGGCGGCUCAGCGAUGGUACACGCGGCCGGGCACUGCGACCUCCGACGCCCCCAGCUCUACGUACACAACCAGGGCUUUCCAUCAACACCUCGUUCCUUUCCGGGACAACCUACGCAAGGGGGAGCACCGAGCUUCUCAACUAUCGAGAAACCCGUGUUGGCGUCAAAUCUUCCCGAGGUCGACGGCAGCAUGUUCUGGCCGGGGUUUAAUGCGGGUGCUUCCGACCUGCCGUCCACAGUAUCGUCGAUUGCCCUUUCCUCAACCAUGGAUGAGAGUCCGUCCGAACGCCUCUCACAAAAUACCUCGCAGAGCACACUAUUCAACCCUAGCUUGGGUCCUUACCAAUCCGCUGUCGGGACGUCACAAGACCACGACAACAUCUCGGCCUCACAACAAUACAUGUUCCCUCCGCAAAUGUCUUUCAACGCUGGCCUAACGUCCCUCCCGGGCCACGUACCACCAUCUUCGGCAAUGAGCAUAGACGAGCCGCUCUCCUUGCCCCAGAGCCCGAUAUCACCUGCGGACUUGCGUUCGGCAACAUCGAGUAACAAUAGUUGGUGGCGUCCAAAAGUAGAGGUCGAAACCCCACAGCCAAACCCGCCAUCCGCCGGGCCAGGCCCUUGCUUCCCUCUUCAACCGAACAUGCUGGGCGACAUGGGGCGAGGCGUCAGUAGCGGAUUGUCAAGUCCGACGUCUCCUACUACGGCUGCGUCUCCUUACUACCAAGUACAGUCGGCCUCGACCCACGCCAUGUCUCGGGCGCUAAGCCAAGAGUCCAUGCAGAGCAGCAUGACGACGGUCUUUGGGACUCCCAUUGCAGAAGGAGGUGGUCAUGGUGCUCUAACACCGCGCGCGGAGAAUCAUCAGCACGCCCACACCCAACAACACGAGCCCCAGCACGACCAACAACACACCCAGCAACACAAUCAUCAACACAACCACCCGCACAAUCACCAGCACACCCACCAGCACGGCCAACACUCGGCCGCCACUCAAGGCAAACCAGGCCCAGAGUCAUCCGUCGAAGACCUCGUCUGCGACGAGUGCCAAUGGAAGCCUAGAGGUGUCAGGGAAAACCUCAAGGGGUACCUCCGCAAGCACAAAAACACACAUAGGGGCGUGCGGCUGGCGUGUGACGUACCGGGCUGUGUCAAGACGUUCAGUCGACUGGACAACCUCAAAAAGCACAAAAAGGAUAAGCAUGGCAUCGAGGACACGGGUGGCUCGGUUCCUGCAAAGAGGGUAGCGGGCGACAUCUCGGAGACCAUCGAGGAGGAGGCGGAGUCGAAGCGUCCAACCACCGUCGAGUCAGAGAUCAGGGCCGUGACCGAGGACUACUCGAUGCUCUGGCCAGCCUUGCACUUUUAA